UAUAUAUAGUAUACCAAAUUGUAUAAAAUGUCAGUUUUCAAAUAAUCAUUCAAUAGUUCUUGUUCAGAAUUUAGGGUGAAUUUACAAUGCGGGUGGUAUUUUUAUUACCAUUACUUAUAACACUAUUUAGUGAUGGUAUAACGGGAGCUAAUGAACAAGAAUGGUGGGAGAAAACCAUUUUUUAUCAAAUUUAUCCAAGAUCCUUUGCUGAUAGUGAUGGCGAUGGAAUUGGAGAUCUUAAAGGAAUUACAUCUAAGUUAGAGUACGUAAAAGAACUUGGAGUUGGAGCUAUUUGGUUAUCACCAAUAUUCCAAUCACCAAUGUAUGACUUUGGAUACGAUAUCUCUGAUUUUUACGCAAUUCACGAUGAAUUUGGUACUAUGGAAGAUUUUGACAAUCUUCUUAAUAGAGCUAACGAAUUAGGUCUAAAAGUCGUUCUUGAUCUCGUACCUAAUCAUACAUCCAACGAAAGUGUAUGGUUUCAAGAAGCACUUAAAGGCAAUGAAAAGUAUUACAACUAUUUCAUUUGGGAAGAUGGAGUCAUUGAUGAAAAUGGUAAUAGACAACCUCCGAACAACUGGAUAAGCCAUUUCCGUGGAAGCGCGUGGGAGUUUAGAGAAGAAGUUGGUCAAUAUUAUUUACAUCAAUUCGUUAUUGGCCAACCAGAUCUUAACUACCGCAAUCCAGAUGUUGUUCAAGAAAUGAAGGACAUCAUUCGUUUUUGGUUAAACAAAGGCGUUGCCGGAUUUAGAGUCGAUGCUAUUAAUUGUUUGUUUGAAGUGGACAAAGAGCUUUUCGGAGGAGUAUAUCCUGACGAACCACCUUCGGGUAGAAUUGAUUUAGACCCAGGACAUCCUGACAGCCUUACUCAUAUUUAUACAAGAAACAGAAAUGAAACUUACUAUAUGGUAUAUGAAUGGAGAGAUGUAUUUGAAGAGGUUGCAGCAAAUGAUGGGUUAGCUAGAGUUAUGAUGACAGAAGUCUAUUCUACAAUUCAAGAUGUUGUAAGGUAUUUUGGUGAUGGAAAUCUAGAAGGCGCUCAAAUGCCUUUCAAUUUUGAUUUGAUCACUGAUGUAGAUAAAACAGGGUCCGCUGCCGACUUCAAGUACGCUGUAGAUAAGUUUUUAACCUACAAACCUGUAGAUAAGCAUGCCAAUUGGGUGGUUGGAAAUCACGACAGAAGUAGAAUGGCUACCAGAUACGGUCCAGCGUUAGUCGAUGGAAUUAAUAUGAUAGUGUUAUUGCUGCCAGGAGUUGCAGUCACUUAUAUGGGUGAAGAAAUUGGUAUGGUAGAUGGUUACGUGAGCUGGGAAGAUACCGUUGAUCCUGCCGGUUGUAAUACCAAUGACCCGAUUAACUAUGUUGAAUCAUCCAGAGAUCCAGAACGUACACCAUUCCAAUGGAAUGCUGAAAAAAAUGCUGGAUUUUCUUCGGCCGACAAAACCUGGUUGCCAGUUGCUGAUGGUUAUGAGACUUUGAAUGUUGAAGCGCAAAGAGCUGCAAAUAAAUCUCAUUUGAAGAUUUACCAGGCACUUGCUCAACUUCGUCAAGAAGACGUUUUCAGAUACGGACGCUAUGAGUCUCUAGCUCUUAACAAUGAUGUAUUUGCCUUCCAAAGGCGGUACAAUGGAAAUGUGUAUUUAGUAGUAGUGAAUAUGCGAGAUACUCAAUAUGAAGUGGACUUGACUUAUUUCGAAAAUGUUUUCGGAAAUGUGCGAGUCGUAUUGUCAAGUGUUCAAUCGCCCAAGGUGGAGGGAGAUACCUUCAGCGCUACAUCCUUCCCUGUGGCUGGUUAUGAAGGAGUAGUUUUACAAACAACCACUGGGUUCUUUAAAUAAUAGUAUUGUAAACUAUUGUAUUUUAUAAUGUUUAUUUUACUUUGUAUAAUAAUGUAAAUUAAUUAUGAUACCAAUAAAAAAAUAUAGAAUCACAGGGA